AUGAAGAUGGCGCCGUCAAGAGCACUACGUAGCGCUAUAAUCCGUCUAUUCAGCCGUGAUGCCCGUACAAUCACAGCGUCGCUAUGCUCAUCCUGUAAUCAUCAAGCAAGACGAAGCAUCAAUAUUCUUCCAGACCCUCCUCAAAAUGCAUUGGACAAAACCGCUUUGGAUCCUAUAACCGCCAUGAAUUCGCGUGGAUUGAUUGCCGAAGUGUCAUCACGAGACGCACCCAGGGCGCUAGUCAAGAAUCCAACUGCUGCUUAUGCUGGAUUUGACCCUACAGCUUCAUCGCUACACGUUGGAAAUCUUAUGUUGAUUCUCUCGUUAAUCCAUUUUCAGCUGUUGGGCCAUCAACCUAUUGCUUUGGUCGGUGGUGCAACGGGCAGUAUUGGAGACCCAUCCUUUCGAUCAACAGAACGUACAGUGAUGCAACACGACACAGUACACACCAACACGGCCAAAAUCACAGCACAAUUACAAUCCAUAUUCGAGAAAUCACAAUUAUAUCUGAAUCGACGGGCUUUGGAUAAAGGGUGGUUUCAACUCCCUCCGGAUGGAAUGAAGCCUGUCAAAGUGCUGAAUAAUUUGGACUGGUUUAAGGAUAUGAAGCUGCUCGAGUUCUUGGGAUUUGCUGGUAGACAGGCUCGUAUAUCCACCAUGUUGGCUCGUGAUAGUGUGAAAUCGCGACUGCAGUCUCAAACAGGCCUAUCAUUCACAGAGUUCACCUACCAGCUCCUACAAGCAUACGAUUUUUUAUAUCUCAACACAAACCAUUCUUGUACAGUGCAACUGGGCGGUACUGAUCAAUGGGGAAACAUCACUGCUGGAGUAGAUAUGAUUCGGAAACGAAAUUUAGAUGUGCCUGAAGCCGAGAGAAGCAAUAUUCCAGCUUUUCGACGAAAAGUGUAUGGUAUUGUGGUUCCACUGGUUGUGAAUAGUCAGGGAGAAAAGUUUGGGAAGAGUGCUGGGAAUGCCAUGUGGUUGGAUUCAGAGAUGUUGUCUCCGUUUGAUUUCUUUCAGUUCUUCAAGAAAACAGCGGAUGCAGAUGUAGAAAAGUAUCUCAAAUACUUUACAUUCGUGCCAUUGCCACUCAUUCAGCAGGUCAUGGAAGAACAUCAGUCAUCACCAUCAAAGCAAAUCCCACAACGAAUUUUGGCGUCAGAAGUCACAGAGUUGGUUCAUGGAGAAGAGGAAUCUCGAAAAGCAAUCAUCAUGACAGACGUCCUCUACGACUCUACCGAAAAGUACAAACCCGCCGAAAUAAUAUCUGCCUUCCAAUCCUCUCCACACUUUACAUCGCUACCAUACGAUCAAGUCGUCGGUAAAUCAAUCAUUGACGUAGCUGUGGCUACAGGUGCCUUACCAACAAAGAAGGGUACCAGGAGAUGUAUAGCUGAGAAUGCACUGUCAUUGGGGUUUCGUAAAAUCACUACCCCUGAACAUAUUGUCUCGGUCGACGACACGAUGGAGGGCAAGUUGAUCUUGUUGCGUGUUGGGAAGCCAAAGUAUCGGGUUGUGGAACUUGUUUCGUAA